GAGAGAGGAGCGCCCUGCGCUGCGCCGCGGAUGUUUCGCGUACUGAAGACUGGAGGGUGGGGCCCUCUAGGUAGACCCCUCCCAGGCCCCGCCCACCGCGCAAGACCACGCCUCUGACCCUAUCCCCGCCCCUCGCCUAAGGGCUCUUCCUGAGUCCUGCGGGUUAAUGAAGAUCUUCUCAAACAUGGUUUCCCCUGGGCCUGUGUUUGGGCUAGUGCUUCUCAUAAUCGCGCGGGUCAGCAGAAGUGCAGGUAUUGGUUUUCGCUUCGCUUCAUACAUCGAUAAUUACAUGGUGCUGCAGAAGGAGCCUUCAGGGGCAGUGAUCUGGGGCUUUGGUACACCUGGGGCCACAGUGACAGUGACCUUGUUUCAAGGUCAGGAAACCAUCAUGAAGAAAGUGACCAGUGUCAACGCACCCUCCAACACCUGGAUGGUGGUACUGGAUCCUAUGAAGCCUGGGGGACCUUUUGAAGUGAUGGCACAACAGACUUUGGGGAUAACGGAUUUCACCCUGAGAGUCCAUGAUGUCUUAUUUGGAGAUGUGUGGCUUUGCAGCGGGCAGAGUAACAUGCAGAUGACUGUCUUACAGAUCUUUAACACCUCAAAGGAGUUGUCUGACACUGCCGCCUACCAGUCUGUGCGCAUCUUCUCUGUCUCCCUCACCCAGGCGGAGGAGGAGCUGGCUGACCUUGAUGAGGUUGACUUGUCAUGGUCCAAGCCCACUGCAGGAAACCUGGGCCACGGUAAUUUCACUUACAUGUCUGCAGUGUGCUGGCUCUUUGGGCGUUAUCUGUAUGAUACUCUGCAAUAUCCCAUUGGGCUGGUCUCCUCCAGUUGGGGUGGGACACCCAUUGAAGUCUGGUCAUCUAGAAGGACACUGAAAGCCUGUGGAGUCCCUAGUACAAGGGAUGAGAGAGUCCAUCAGCCCACCAUAAAGCCCAUGAGGAAUGAAUGUAAAAGCGAGGGGUCCUCAUGUCCCCUUAGGAGGGUGGUUCCAUCUGAUCCUGUGGCUGGACCGGUCACACACUCCGUCCUCUGGAAUGCCAUGAUCCAUCCACUGCAAAACAUGACUUUGAAAGGGGUGGUGUGGUACCAGGGAGAGGCCAAUGCAAAUUAUAACAGGGACCUGUACUCCUGUGUGUUUCCUGCACUCAUUGCAGACUGGCGCCAGACCUUCCAUUAUGGCUCCCAGGGUCAGACAGAACGUUUCUUUCCCUUUGGGUUUGUCCAGCUGUCUUCAUACGUGUUAAAGAACUCAUCAGAUCCUGGAUUUCCAGAGAUCCGCUGGCAUCAAACAGCAGACUUUGGUUUUGUCCCCAACCUGAAGAUGCCCAAUACUUUCAUGGCUGUCGCUAUGGAUCUCUGUGAUAGAGACUCACCUUUUGGGAGCAUCCACCCUCGAGACAAACAGACUGUGGCCUACCGCCUGCACUUGGGUGCUCGAGCUGUGGCAUAUGGUGAGAAGAAUUUGACCUUUCAAGGACCACUACCUGAGAAGAUAGAACUCUUGGCUCACAGUGGCCUGCUCAACCUCACGUAUGACCGGGAAAUCCAGGUGCGAAGGCAAGAUAACCAGACAUUUGAGAUCUCCUGUUGCAGUGACUAUCAGUGCACAUGGCUUCCAGCUCCGAUGGACACCUUCUCCACCCAGACCCUGAUCUUGGGUCUUGAUGCUUGUCUUGGCACUGUGGUUGCUGUUCGCUAUGCCUGGACCACAUGGCCCUGUGAAUAUAAGCAAUGUGCUGUUUACCACGCCAGCGGGAUCUUGCCAGCUCCUCCCUUUGUUGCUCACAUUCCACAGAGGGUAUCUGAGGACAUUUGGAGUAGUGAUCGCUCUUCUAAACGAGCGCAAGUCCUUUAGAUUGGGUAUGCAGGACUUCAAAUGAUGACUGCUCCUGCAUUCUGACAUAAGCACUGGCUGGCAGACAUUUGAAAUGCUCGCCUCUGUCCCCGAGUUAGCCUAGGCUGCUGUGCUGGUCUAAUUCUGAACUCUAUCACUGGACCUUGCUAGCGUUCACUUCUUUGGUAUGAGUGGGAGUGAAAUGCCCUAUUCUUGCCCAUCUUUCAGAAUUGUGGACUCUUAGACCAGCAAGAGACUUUAAAGGCUGUUAGAGGCUG